CCAAGUUUUAAAGAAAGAGGUCAAAUUUGGGCCAAAGCCCAACUCCUACACUAAAAGAAUCAAGCAUCCAAUCCAAUCUCAUUUUCUCUCUAGCAACAAAGGAAAAAAAAUACGGAGAGUAAAGAACCUGCGUUACUUCUUCCUCGUCAACGGAUCGGAAGACCAGCUCCAAAUCUCUCCUCCAACGUUCGAGACAAUCAAUUCUCCAACGGAAAUGCUCCAACGGGAAGAAUCCUCUUGCUAUAAAUGGGAGAGGAAUUGCAAUCGGACAGAAGGGGGAACAACAGAGGAGGAAAAAGGAACGACGACGAGGCAAAAGAGCCGCGGCUCAAGCCUGCAAAUACCGGUUGUGUUUCGAGAGAUGGAGUCUAUCAUGGCACGAUUUUUUUGGUCUGGCUUGGGAGGGACUCGACGCUACCAUUGGGGAUCUUGGAAGACUCUGGCACGACCAACGAGGGAAGGUGGGGUCGGCUUCCUUGAUUUUAUGACUCUGGCUAAGUCUUGUUCGGCCAAGCUCUGGUGGAACUUUAGGACACAAGACACUAUUUGGACGGCAUUCAUGAGGGCUAAGUACUGUAGCCGCGUCCAUCCUGUGUCCAAGCAGCGUGGUGCUGAUGAUUCACACACAUGGAAGCGCAUGCUAGAUGUUCGCGCCGUGGUUGAGCCUGUGAUUCGAUGGCGUGUACUAUCUGGCACGUCUAACUUCUGGUGGGAUACAUGGUCUGGAUUGGGUGCCUUGCAUCGCCAGGUCGAUGGCUGCAGUGGGUACUGGACUGAUGGAGUGGGUGAUAUGUAUCACUCUGAUUUUAUGAUUGACCAUGAUGCUCUACCCCCUGAUUUAUUACGGCAGUUGCGCCUUGAGCCGCCAUCUCUUGAUUCUGAUCAUGUGGAUAUUCCGGUCUGGACCCCGUCUACGGAUGAGAAGUUUACUCUUGCUUCUGCUAAGGAUCUUCUUAGACCGAGGAGGAAUGAUGAGGUGGAGGACAUUAUGCUUAAGAGGUGUUGGCAGAAACACUUACCCUAUAAGAUGUCCUUUCUAGCAUGGCGCGUUUUGGAGAGGCGCCUUCCCACUGAUGAUGUCCUGGCGAGAUUUGGCUUUGCUUUGCCUUCUCGAAAGAGUUUUGUCUUUUACAACGAACGAAAAUUCUGCUUUGUCAAGGCAGGAUACAGAAAUGAUGUUUCUGCUCAUACUAGGUACAAACAGACAAUUAUUCAAAUGCAAUAUAAGACCACUAGGUAGAGAUAAACUAUAGGUUCCGACGGCCAAUGCAUAGACGAGUGCGCCAUUGCCGACUUUUAGUUGUAUCUCUCCCUCCGUCAAUUGUCUACAUUCAUGCAAGUUCUGCAUAGAAGUACAGAUGUGNUUAAUGUGGCCCAAACGACAAUGCCAAAGGUACGCGAGAUUCAAACUGUUAGGUUUGUUUCUCUUAACAUCUACGUUAUAUAUUGCGGUAUCCAUGUCAAGGACAUAGAGACCGUUGGUCAUUUUUGCACUUGCAUAAAAUAUAUCAUUUCUAAAGACAGAAAGAGUUUUGUCUUUUACAACGAACGAAAAUCCUGCUUUGUCAAGGCAGGAUACAGAAAUGAUGUUUCUGCUCAUACUAGGUACAAACAGACAAUUAUUCAAAUGCAAUAUAAGACCACUAGGUAGAGAUAAACUAUAGGUUCCGACGGCCAAUGCAUAGACGAGUGCGCCAUUGCCGACUUUUAGUUGUAUCUCUCCCUCCGUCAAUUGUCUACAUUCAUGCAAGUUCUGCAUAGAAGUAAAGAUGUGAGAACCAC